ACCACUGAGUCUGUGGGUUCUGGACAAGUGAGGAGCUGAAAUCAUGAGGACUUAUCUGUCCCCUGACAGAAGCUGCUUCUUUCCAGUGCUGAGCUACAGUGGAAGGAGCAAACAGUGUAAUGGUGGAGGCAACUGUCCUAGUUCAGACUGCAAGCAUUUGUGUGAUGCCUCCAGCUAUUUCUUGCAAUAAGCAAUGCAAUGAGAAUCAAAUUCCUUUCUGUGAUUGGACAGACAAGUCAGACUUCAUAUUGAAUGCUGUGCCAUGCUGCUGGCAGUACAGCCCGGAUGGCUGAAUGGAAGGAAAAGUAACAGGACUAACUGAAACAUUGACAAAGAGGCAGCCAGAAUAUGGACAGAAAGAGGCCAGCCCAGCAUUUAAGAGCACUGGCAGAAGACAUUUUAAAAUGGGAAGUGUGUUUACUUUCCAUUUUUCAGUUUUUGCCUUUUCUUCUGUCCUCCUCUUUCCCACUCACUCGUUCCUUUGUGAUCUCUGUAUUCCAAACUGGAAUUUAGGAAUGAUUCUUGUCUCCACAUGCAUGCUGGCAGAACAGGGAAUUGGGAUAGCACGUCUCCUGUAUGCGACACAUAUUUAUAGCACUCAGAAAUUAUAGCGUGAGGCACGUCACGUGGCCACAUUCAGAUUUAAUAAUCAUGCAGAAUCAGAAGGGACUAUAUGUGACAUAUUCGGGUAUAUCUGAGCCCUGCCUGUCCGGCUGAAUUUGCAUAUUAGGGGCGGCUGGGAGGGCAGAAGGCGGUGAUGCAGUAGGCUGAACUGCAGAGUCUGUGACCUAUUGCCCAAAGCGCUGUGACACUGAAGAGCAGAAGCAGGUGCCCAGCGACGUUCAGUGCACGGCUCUGCAAAAACCUGCCAUCACUGAUCUGAGAGGGAAGGAAACGCCAUUGGAGCCACCAUGCGUGAGUGCAUCUCUGUUCAUGUCGGCCAGGCUGGAGUUCAGAUAGGAAAUGCGUGCUGGGAACUCUUCUGCCUGGAGCACGGCAUUCAGCCAGAUGGCACCUUCAAGGAUCAGCACAAUCAACUCAACUACGAUGACUCUUUUACCACAUUUUUCAAUGAAACUGUCACUGGGAAGCAUGUGCCACGAGCUGUAAUAGUAGACUUGGAACCAACUGUAGUAGACGAAGUGCGGGCUGGCACCUUCCGGCAACUUUUUCAUCCAGAACAGCUGAUCACUGGAAAGGAAGAUGCGGCUAAUAACUAUGCUCGUGGACACUACACCGUUGGCAAAGAAAGCAUUGAUAUAGUGAUUGAUCGUGUUCGUAAGCUGGCUGAUGCCUGUUCCGGACUGCAGGGAUUCCUCAUCUUCCACAGCUUUGGAGGGGGCACCGGCUCUGGAUUUACCUCUUUGCUGAUGGAGCGCCUCUCUGUGGAUUAUGGAAAGAAAUCUAAACUAGAGUUUGCCAUCUACCCAGCUCCUCAGGUCUCCACUGCUGUGGUAGAACCCUACAAUUCCAUCCUUACCACGCACACCACUCUGGAACACUCAGACUGUGCCUUCAUGGUGGACAAUGAGGCUAUAUAUGACAUCUGUCGCAGAAACCUAGACAUUGAACGCCCAACGUACACUAACCUCAAUCGCCUGAUCAGCCAGAUUGUCUCCUCCAUCACUGCAUCGCUGCGCUUUGAUGGUGCCCUCAAUGUGGAUCUGACAGAAUUCCAGACAAACCUGGUGCCCUACCCACGUAUCCACUUCCCCUUGGUGACCUAUGCCCCCAUCAUCUCUUCUGAAAGAGCAUAUCACGAGCAGCUCUCGGUGGCUGAAAUCACCAGCUCCUGCUUUGAGCCCAACAACCAGAUGGUGAAAUGUGACCCACGGCAUGGGAAGUACAUGGCUUGCUGCAUGCUCUAUCGUGGUGAUGUAGUUCCCAAAGAUGUCAACGUAGCAAUUGCUGCCAUCAAGACCAAGAGAAAUAUCCAGUUUGUUGACUGGUGUCCAACAGGCUUCAAGGUUGGGAUCAACUAUCAGCCUCCUACAGUAGUUCCUGGGGGAGACUUAGCCCAGGUUCAGCGAGCAGUCUGCAUGCUCAGCAACACCACAGCCAUUGCAGAGGCCUGGGCAAGGCUUGACCACAAGUUUGAUCUUAUGUACGCCAAGAGAGCCUUUGUGCACUGGUACGUAAGUGAAGGCAUGGAGGAAGGAGAAUUUGCAGAGGCCCGAGAGGACCUGGCUGCCCUGGAGAAGGACUAUGAGGAAGUGGGAACUGACUCAUUUGAAGAUGAAAAUGAUGAAGAGUAAUUUUAAAAUACAUCUUGUUCCUAGUGAGC